UCCUUGAAAUGGUCUCGUGACGCAGCUAUUUCCCGUUUGGUACCUCCCCUGUUCUGCUUCGACAUUCAGACCGGGGGAAACGGCUCGGACACUCUUUCUUUCUGUUAAAAAGAAUAUAGACAUUAAAUUAAAAAUACAUUGAUACCGUUAUAUGGAGCUGCAGUAAACGACCUAUCCGUCGGUGUGACAGUGACAGACCAGGUGGCCUCAGAUGGAUUGAGCUAAACCUGUGAGAUAAUGGAGGGAGCUGGGCACAGAGGAGGUGGAAGAAGAUGGAACAAAAAAGCUGCUGUUGGCACAAUACUGCUCCUUAUGUGCAUGUUCAUCCCCACCCUGACACUGGUGCAGUCUACAGAGGGGCCGGCCUGUCCAUUUUGGGAGUAUCGCAAUGAUAAUGGAGAUUGUUGUAACAAAUGCAAUGCAGGUUUUAAGCUAGUAGAAAAGUGUCCAAAAGAGGGUCACAAAAGUAUCUGCACGCCAUGUCCUGAUGGACAGUUCACAGACCAGAUGAACUAUGCGAACAACUGCUUACGUUGCAGACGAUGCAAAGCUGCAAAGCAUGAGGUGGAGGUUUCGCCAUGUGAAACAAACAAAAACAGGGUUUGUCGAUGUGAGACGAAUUAUUUCAAGGAUGAAAUCGACUCAGAAACAUACGACUGUCGCAGGUGUUCAACAUGCAAACAGGAUGAAAUUGAAAUAGAAAGAUGUACACCAGAGAAAAACACUGUGUGUGAAUGUAAAGAGAACUACUACAGAGUCAAAGGCAAAUGUGAACUCUGCAAGAAUUGUACCACCGAGUGCAGACACCACUGCCUGACACCCUCAGUCACAGCUUCUAAGCCUGGACAUGAGCAUCUUAUCAACAUAAUUGCAGCCGUUGCAGUUGGGGCUGUGGUAAUGCUGGUGCUGGGGGUCCUCCUCACCCACUUGUACACAAAGUGGUAUACAAAGAAGAUGUUGCUGAAACCUUCUUGCCAGCCAUCCGACAUGUCCCCGGACUCAUGCGAGCAAGCCCUGUUCCACAGUGAGGAACCCUCAGACAGCAGCAUGAGUAAUAAUGCUGUUCCUCCAACGUAUGUGACUGAACAGGAGUCGCCCAAUCUGCCUGACUGUAUCCCUCUGGAAAUUAAGACCUCUGAGCUGAUCUACACAGUACUGGAUCUGGUUCCUGUGCCGCAGAGGAAGCAGCUGGUGCGUUCUCUUGGCGUGAAUGAUAUUGAGAUCGAACAAGCAGAAAUGGAUCACAAAUCCUGCCGAGAGGCUCACUACCAGAUGCUGAGGGUUUGGGCCGAGAAGGGGUCACGUGCAGGUGGAGGAGGACAAGGCAAAAUGCUGCACUGGCCUUUGUUAUUGGAGUUGUUGGACGAACUGAGAAAGAUGCACCUGGGACGGGCAGCCGAGGAGCUGGAGACAAAGUACAGCAUUCAGUAAUCCUGCAACGCCUGCCAAGUGGAACAAGAAGCUCAUGAAACCAAGUUUUGUUCUCUUCAGAGAAUCAAUCAGGGGCAGCCUAAAAGCAUGGAGACUGACACAAUGCCACCACAGAGUUUUACUUCACAGAAACCAGCAUCACUGAGCACUCUACCUCUCGUCCGGCUAAUCACUCCAGAGAGGACCGGGUCGAACUACUGAGAGCGUCCGAUCAAAUGGCUCAGGGACGGAGAGUCACAAAGUUAUUUGCACGGAUCAAUGCUGACUAAAAUUUGCCAAAAGAACUUUUAGCAAUGUGUAUAUUUUUUAAAGAAAUAAUGCAACAUUUUGGGAACUAGAUUUUUGGCUUUGUUGAACAGAGGUAGAUGAGAAUAUUGAUGCCACUCUCAUGUGUCUGUACGGUAAAUAUCAAGCUACAACCAGCAGUCAGUUAGCUUAGCUUAGCAUAAAAACUGUAAAUGGCAAAAAAAAUUGCUAGUACAGCUUUGUCCAAAAUUAACAAAAUCAAUGUACUAACACCUUCAGAGCUCUCUUAAUGACUAAAUUAAAGUCCCCCACUUAGCUUGCAAGGUCGGACAGAUUUGAUGAAAAGAAACAUGGCGACGCUGGUUCCAUCUGGCCGAGUGCUGCAGUGUUUAUUCAUUUCUGGGUGUCAGGCAGUUUUAAAAAGAAGAUGACAAGGACUGCAGUACUUUUCCAGAUGGGAUGUGUUUAUAUCCAAAUAAACAAUUGAAAGUUACCUUUGGGCCUUUGGAGCCUUAUAGUGAUAAUAUAAACAAAGAAACGUAUAGCCUUGAUCUUUUCUGACUAAUGAUAAUUCAUGUAAUGUUAAGACAGCAACCAGCCUACAGUAUCUGUCCAUUUUAAAAGAUCUUUAACAUUACCACAGAAUUAAAGACGAAGCAAACCUGGGGACUCUAAGCUAACUAUCCUGACUAUGUACUAUUGUGUCUGUGAAGAUUGUGGAAAAAUGUGGUUUUCUUUGCAACACAGUCCAGCGUCGCACAAUGCAUGGUACAACUAAAGGUGCAUUUGUUUGGACAAAGAUAAUGCCCAUAAUAGCUCAUGAGAGUUUAAUUUCAGAGCUGAUAUCUAGCCAUUUUCCAUGGUUUUCUUGAUAAUAACCAAAAUCAUCAUCAAGAAAACCAUGGAAAACAGCUAGAUAUCAGCACUGAAAUUAAAUUCUUAAGAGCUAUUUUUGUUGUUAUCAUUAUAUUUGUCCAAACAAAUGUACCUUUAGUUGGACCAGACAUUAAAAAUGAAAAAUAAAUUGAACAACAAAAAGGGUGGUCUAAUAAUUUUUCCAUGACUGUGUAUCAGUAUAAGAGGAAAGGAGAUGGAAGUUGACUGAGGUUCUGCUGGCACUGUUAUUUACACUAUUAUUGGAGCACAGACCGAAAAGAGGCGGGACUUAGGAUUGGUCAAUUAGCACGUUUUACUGUCCCAAUUUGGGUUUUAUCUGCUGGAACUACGUCUUGUCCAGGAGCAGUGAGCUAUAGAGGUGAUGACGGGUAGACCUUCAGACAGAACCAGGGUAGCAGUUUCCCCCCGUUUACAGUCUUUAUGCUAAACUAACGAGCUCUUUCUUAAUAUUUAAGAUUAAAAUUUCCUCAACGGGGAAAUUCAACCUCUGAAUUUAAACCAUCCUUUUUACAGACGACCCUCUGGUUACAAGCCUCUAGGCCACAGAUGAUCUCAUCUAUCUCCCAUCAAGAAAAGGAAUAAAAGUAUUUUCUAAACAUUCAAACUAGUUUUUGAAAGCUGAUGAUGCCCACCCUACCAUGCGCUGUUUGUGUGUGUCACUGUAUUGUACAGUAUGUGUUUAAACUUUUAGGGGAUUUAUGGGGAAAGGAAUGUUUUUAUACUUUUGUUGGAGUGUUGAUGACGCUGUAUUUUGUAUUGAAUCAUAUCAUUUCAUUUUUAUUGAGCAAAAAGUGAUUAUUCAUUGUGCCUGUGACCUUGUAAGGCCAUUCAAGCUAUUUCUGUUAAUAUAACCACCAUUAUACAGAUACAGUGUUUUCUUAUUGAUUCAUUUAUUUUUGGGUUGUUUUUUGGCAGAGGGAAGUACAGAAUGGAAUCGACAAUUCCGCCUGUGCCAGUAAGUUAACUGGUAAUGUAUAAUAAUAAGUAAUAGUUCCUGGUAAUAUUGUUACCCUGUUAUAAUUUGCUUUUUUAAAAUUUAACGGGAACAAUAACAAAACCAGGGAAGUAUUCAGUUCCUAUUACUGUUCUUGCGUGCAGACCAGACCCCUGCUACUUUUCAGUUACUUUUCACAGCCCCACUGGCAUUCUUUUAAGCCCCAUCAUACGAGCAUUAUUCAUUACUGUUAUAGAAAACAGGACACGCCUUGUCUCACUCUGCCUCAGCCAAGUUGACUUUUCUAAUACCAGUCUCGGCCUGCAGAUUCAGAUAUGAAUCAGUUGCACUCAGACUGACUGAGGACGUGUCAUUCCACUGCACUUUUAUCCUCUAUCAGACCUUUUUUUAUAUAACAGAACAAUUUAUUGGCUAAACAAUCUAUGUGGAGCCGUUAUAAAAGAUCUUGUGUUGCUAUUUGAACUUCCAAUAAAUGUGCAUUUGUAUCUUAUUCUGAGUAUCUGAGCUGUGACUUACGUUUGCUGCCAUCAACAGACUGAAAGUGAAAAUUUGAAUUUUAAAAAGUGUUAAUGAGGGUGUAAUCAGUG